AUGCACGGUCUGUUCGGCAGGCUCAAGCUGUGGUCUAUGCUUUCCCCCUACAAGCUGUCCGAUGGUUCAUUUACACAGAUGCUCUCGAAUGGAGACAUUGACGCUUACGGCGCGUACCGAAAAUUUUCCACGCCCUCCAAGGCCGGCUUCUUGCCUUCGUCUGCAAGCUCGUUCUGA